CGUCACGGAAAAGCCCCAUCCUGGGUUGGCGGGCGCCUUAUAAAUCUCGGUGCAGCUGCAAGCAGUGGUAUGGACAGCGGCUCCGUGGAUCCGGCAUCACAGGCGAGCAACGCGCAGAUAUCCACCCAACAGCCGGGGUCCAGCCAAGACCCCACAAUGACUCUGAAUAAUGUUACCAUGCGCCAGGGCACUGUAGGCAUGCAGCCACAGCAGCGUUGGAGCAUCCCUGCCGAUGGAAGGCACCUGAUGGUCCAGAAGGAGCCUCAUCAGUGCAACCCCCGCAACCGCUACUCCAUCACUCCUGAAGACCACUGUCGCCACAGCUGGUCCUCUGACUCCACAGACUCCGUCAUCUCUUCUGAGUCAGGAAACACCUACUACCGUGUGGUGCUUAUAGGGGAGCAAGGGGUGGGCAAGUCCACCCUGGCCAACAUCUUUGCUGGUGUUCAUGACAGCAUGGACAGUGACUGCGAGGUGCUGGGAGAAGACACAUAUGAGCGCACCCUGAUUGUUGAUGGAGAGAGUGCAACGAUUAUCCUCCUGGACAUGUGGGAAAACAAGGGGGAGAAUGAAUGGCUGCAGGACCACUGCAUGCAAGUUGGGGAUGCCUACCUGAUUGUCUACUCCAUCACAGACCGAGCAAGCUUUGAGAAGGCAUCUGAGCUGAGAAUCCAGCUCCGCAGGGCCCGGCAGACAGAAGACAUUCCUAUCAUUUUGGUUGGCAACAAAAGUGAUUUAGUGCGGUGUCGUGAAGUGUCUGUGUCAGAAGGGAGAGCAUGUGCUGUGGUGUUUGACUGCAAGUUCAUUGAGACCUCUGCAGCUGUGCAGCACAAUGUGAAAGAGCUGUUUGAGGGCAUCGUGCGUCAGGUCCGCCUGCGUCGGGACAGCAAGGAAAAGAACGAGCAGAGGCUGGCCUACCAGAAAAGACGGGAGAGCAUCCCCAGGAAAGCCAGGCGCUUCUGGGGCAAGAUCGUGGCCAAAAACAACAAGAACAUGGCCUUCAAACUCAAGUCGAAAUCCUGCCAUGACCUCUCUGUGCUCUAGGCACCCGGGGUCAUCCAGAUGUCCCCCUGAUGGACAUCACUGCAGGCCUUUGGGACUAAUACUAAUAAUCUAUAUUAGAUUGAAUACUUAAGUAUCCUUAGAUGUGGCUUUCCCCGUUGCAAAUGGGAACCAAUAUGUUAGCCUCAUGGGUAACAAAAUGCAUGGGAAAUGAACGAUCUUUGUCGAGACGAUAUUUAUCUACAGGAAAAGCUUGACCUUGCUAUGCGGACAUCUAACACUCAUUUCAUGUUCGGGGGUUCACAUAAGGUUUUUCUCUUUUUUGGGCUGCAGAAUAUUGAAGUUAAUGAAGAACGUCCAGAACAGGAUUGCCUCAGCAUUAAUGUUUUACCCAGUGUUUUUCUAUGGGAAUUGGAGGCCGUUGAGUCAUAAAGAAACCUAGGAAAACUGUCAGUAUAUUCAAAGGAGGAGAGCUGUCUGUGUACCUUAUCUCCAUGGAGCUGCAGGUGUAGAACUGGCCCCGUUACAAUCGUGACGAUUACUGCUCCAUCAAACUGUGAAAAGAAGUGAUGGAACUUGCUGGAAACUAAAGUGUAUUAACAGUUUUUGUUUAAAGACCACAGAGAUUUGUAGACUUAGAAACUAAUACGUGUACCACUUAUAAGUUAAAAAAAUUGUUUACUUAUGUGUCUUACAGGUUUUUAUUUAGAGGAAACUAUUCUCCCCACAUUUUGAUUAGUCACACCGUCCUUCAUGUUUCAUUGCCUUUGAGCUAUCAAAGAAUAUUUUUUUAAAAAUCUGAAUUACUGAUAACUUGGAAUGCAAAAUGAUUAUAUUUUCAACAUAAUCAAAAGCCUGAAUUUUUGUAAAGCAUAAAAACUUCCCAUUCUUUGGGUUGGUUCUUGUACGCCACAGCUUCGUUCUAUUUAUUAUUAUUUUGCAAAAUAACCAUUUUAACAUUUGAUAAAGCAUAUUUAUGAACAUAUUUCUUAAUGAGAAAAAUAUCCAUUUUAUUACCUUUUCUAUCUUUUUCAAAACAUACAAGUUUUUACCUAUAUGUCUUAUAAUAAAAAAAAUAAAA